AUGGGCGAGAUCGAAGGCAUCAAGCAUGGCGAGGCUGAACGCACGAUUAGCGCGAACAGCUCCCCUUCGGAGGACAUCAUGCCCCAGCCAAGUGUAGCUGUGGAGGAGAAGAAGAAGACAUUCAUCCAGAGUGUGAUGAAGCCAGGUUCCGUAUGGCAAAUCAUCUUCGCAGCACUUCUGGCCAUCGCUAUCGGCUUGGCUGUCACCUUCACAGUGGACGAGGUUCCGGAGGCAGCAAUCGCUAUCCUUGGUAUCCCGGGUAACCUCUGGUUGCGAGCUUUGAAGGCAGCUGUUCUUCCUAUGAUUGUCACUGCCAUGAUCAUGGCCAUCCAGCGACUUCGAAACAUGACCCAAGGAGGUGGUGCAGCCGGCAAACUCGCUCGCUGGACAGUCGCAUACUAUAUCAUCACUACCAUCAUCGCCGUCGCUCAUUCCGCGCUACUUGUCGGUCUAGUCUGGAGUAAACUCUUCGAACAAGUCUCCGGCAGCUCUCUGGCCGUCUCCGAUGAGGAUCAGGAAGUGAUCGAUGAGAGGAAAGAUACAGCCAUCCACGACGUAGUGGUCGACAUGUUUUACUCUCUAAUCCCGGGCAAUAUUGUCGACGCAUUAGCUUCAGACGCCCUCCUCUCGGUACUCAUUACCGCCAUCGUCCUCGGGUACGUUAUCAAGCCCGGGGGCGCCAUCUAUCGAGCAGUCGAAGAAGUCGAAGUCAUUAUCCUCAAAGUCAUCACUGUGUUGAUCCACCUUGCGCCAAUCGGCGUCUUCUUCUUGAUUAUGCCAAACCUCUUCCGCCUCGAUAUUGCUGAAAUUGGCGCCAACCUGGGUAUCCUCAUUGGCGGAACUUUGUGCGGCAUGGUCAUCCAUCUGUUCGUCAUUAUCCCUAUCGUCUUUUUCGCCAUUACCAGGUCAAACCCCUAUACAUUCUGGAUGAAGAUGAGCCCAGCCUGGAUUACCGCUUGGGGUACUGCCUCGAGCGCUGCGACUUUACCGGUUACUAUCCGUUGCGUCCUCAAGGCAGGUGUUCCCAUCACAGUGACCAAAUUCACCGUACCUCUAGGUUGUUUGAUCAAUAUGGACGGCACCGCAAUCUAUUUCCCAAUCGUCGUCGUCUUCCUAGCCGCUACACAAGGCAUCACGCUCAAUGCUGCAGACUACAUCAUUGUUAUCCUGCUCUCCACCCUCGCUUCGAUUGGAACGACACCCAUCCCAAGCUCCAGUCUGGUGCUGGUUGUCAUGAUCGCCUCGAGUAUUGGAGUUCCCAUCACUGGAAUGUACGCCGUUGUCAUCGCUAUCGAUUGGUUUCUGGAUCGUUUUCGAACAGCCAUCAACGUUAGUUGCGACACUUUCGCGGCCAGGGUGGUUGCGCACAUCACGAAGAUCAAAGACGAGGAUGGUCAGACGUACGACGAGGCUAUGAAUGUCGAUCCUAACGCGAUGGGAAGCAACGACGAAAAGGUUUAA